CUGUUUAUAUCACACAACCUCAUUCCAACAUGGCCGCGCACUGAGAGAAGCUCUAGCAACACUCGCAGCUCUCAUGACGAAUAUCAGCGCGUAGCGGAGUUGAUUUUUCCCACGUUGUGAAGAGACGUGUGUCGCGAUGUGGCCGCGGCUUCGCUCGGUCUGCUCUGGCAGCCGGACUAUCUGCAGAAGAGGCGCUGCUCUGUCAAAGCCGCCAAAGCUAACGGCUAAUGCUAACGUCAGUCACUUCACCCAAUCAGCUGCACUGUGUGCACCGACAAGCUCAGCUCUGCAGUACAGACAACACGGGGACCCCUCUCAAGUCGUCAAGUUGGAAGAUAUAGAUCUGCCACCCAUAGGUGCAAAGGAUGUCCUGGUUAAAAUCCUGGCAGCCCCCAUCAACCCGUCUGACAUCAACAUGAUUCAAGGUACUUACGCCAUCCUGCCUGACCUCCCAGCUGUUGGAGGCAACGAAGGGGUGGCCCAAGUCCUAGAGGUGGGCAGCCUGGUGAAGUCCCUCAAAACAGGAGACUGGGUCAUCCCAAGAGAUGCUGGUCUAGGUAUGUGGAGGACAGAGGCAGUUUUCUCUGAAGACGAUGUCAUUUCUCUCCCGAAUGACAUUCCCCUUUUGUCUGCUGCCACGCUUGGGGUUAACCCCUGCACUGCCUUCAGGAUGCUAUCUGACUUUGAAGAUCUUAAGCCAGGUGACACAGUCAUCCAGAAUGCAGCUAACAGUGGAGUCGGGCAGGCUGUCAUACAGAUUGCUGCUGCAAGAGGAGUGAACACAAUCAAUGUCGUCCGAGACAGGCCAGAGUUCACACAGCUCAGUGAUAGGUUGAAGGCCAUUGGAGCAACUCAUGUGAUUAAAGAAGAGGCCCUGAGGCGGCCUGAGUUUAAGGAGCUGUUAAAGACAUUUCCAAAGCCAAAGCUGGCGUUAAAUGGAGUCGGAGGCAAGAGUGCAACAGAACUGCUCCGUCAUCUACAGAUUGGAGGCUCCAUGGUGACGUAUGGAGGGAUGGCCAAACAGCCGGUUACUGUCCCUGUGAGCGCUCUUAUCUUCAAGGAUGUGAAAGUUCGGGGGUUUUGGGUCACGCAGUGGAAGAGAGAUCACUCAAAAGAUGAACAAGCAUUUCGAGCCAUGGUUGAUGAACUGUGCUCCCUCAUCCAGCAGGGAAAGCUAACAGCUCCUGCCUGCACCGAGGUGGGACUCCGAGACUUCAGCAAAGCUCUUGAAGCGUCUAUGAAGCCUUUCACUUCAGCUAAACAGGUCCUAAUCAUCUGAACGGCCCGGUCUUAUCAAGAAAAGACUGUCAAGAUCCCAGUGUAUCGACUGAAGUGUGUUGUUUAUGUGUCAAAUACACUGCUCCAGCACAUGGACUACUCAAUAAAUGUGUCUUUAAUUGGCUCAAAGUCCAGUCUCUGUUCUGCAGUGACACUUUACUGGCAGUAAUCCAAAACUCAUUAAAACUUUAUAAAGAGAUAUGAGAUAACAGGAAUCGUCUUAGAACCCAGAUAGUGCAGCUUUAUCAGAAAUAGGUCACAUGUACAUUUAAGUGAUGCAGACCUGAACAAGUGCAAUUCAUGUUUAUCAUCAGACUUAUUGGAACAUUUCUCAUAUUGCAAGUGUGUUUAUUCUUUCCGUUAAAAACAUCAUUCAUACAACUAUAACGAUAGAUUCCUGGGUUUAUUAAAUAGAAACAGUAGAGGUUCAGAGGAAAUCACAGGGUAAUAGAACAUCUGGAUCUGCUCCAGAACAUCAGAGUCAAUGUGUUGUGUAUGUACUCAAGCCACUGAGCCACAGGACGAUAAGUGUUUGACUAGAUAUGAAGUGUUCAACCAAAACCCAUAGACCACAUUAAAGAGGCCGCACCUAAAGCUAAA